ACAACAUCUGUUCCGAUCCUUGAUGGUCGUGGCCCUGCUUAUACAACGGGUACACUCCAAUGAGAUCCUGGGGCUGAAGAUUCCAUACGACCCUAUCCUGAACGCUAACACGGUGUGCCUGACCUUGCCCGGCCUGACGCGCCGGCAGCUGGAGGUGUGCAUGCGCAACCCGGACGUCACCGCCUCCGCCAUCCAGGGCAUCCAGAUCGCCAUCCACGAGUGCCAGCACCAGUUCCGGGGGCACCGGUGGAACUGUUCCAGCCUGGAGACCCGAAACAAGAUCCCCUACGAGAGCGCCGUCUUCAACCGAGGCUUCAGGGAGAGCGCCUUCGCCUACGCCAUCGCGGCGGCGGGCGUGGUCCACGCCGUGUCCAAUGCCUGCGCCAUGGGGAAGCUGAAGGCGUGCGGCUGCGAUGAGAAACGCCGCGGCGACGAGGAGGCCUUCCGCAUCAAGCUGAACCGGCUGCAGCUGGAGGCCAUCCACCGCGGCAAGGGCAUGGUGCACGGCGUCAUGGAGCACUUCCCCGCUGACGCCCUGGGGCCCCAGGACUCCUGGGAGUGGGGUGGCUGCAGCCCCAACGUGGAAUUCGGGGAGAAGUUCUCCCGGGACUUCCUGGACUCCCGCGAGACCUACAAGGACAUCCACGCCCGGAUGCGGCUCCACAACAACAGAGUGGGCAGGCAGGUGGUGGUGGACCACAUGAAGAGAAAGUGUAAAUGUCAUGGGACGUCCGGCAGCUGCCAGCUGAAGACCUGCUGGCAGGUGACACCCGAGUUCCGCACCGUGGGCUCGCUGCUGAAGGACCGAUUCCACAUCGCCACCCUCAUCAAAGCCCAUAACCGCAACACCGGCCAGGUGGAGCACGCCCACGGCAACGGCCAUGCCCACAACCACGCCCACCACCGGCGGAGGGCCAACCUCAACGAGCUGGUCUACUUCGAGAAGUCGCCCGACUUCUGCGAGCGGGAGCCGGGGUCAGACUCGGCGGGGACGCAGGGCCGGAUCUGCAACAAGACCAGCCUGGAGACGGACAGCUGCGAGAGCCUGUGCUGUGGGCGGGGCCACAACAUCCUGCAGCAGACCCGCAGUGAGCGCUGCAACUGCAAGUUCCACUGGUGCUGCUACGUGGUGUGCGAGGAGUGCAGGAUAACGGAGUGGGUCAGCGUGUGCAAGUGA